AUGCCAUUUUUGCAGCAAAAGUUUGGUUUUUGCGGGUUUUUUAUAUGGUAUGAUCCGGAAAUUUGCGCAAGAGCAAAUAAUAUUAUACCCGGUUUGCUGGAAAAAUCAAAUAAACAUCAAUAUCAAAUUGAGCAAUACAAGUUGAGGAAUGCUGAAAUGGAAGCUCAACUCUUGGUGGCAAUGAAAAAAGUGGAUGACAUGAACAAUGCAUUGGUUGAAAAUGAGCAAUACAAGUUGAAGAAUGCUGAAUUGGAAGCUCAGCUGUUGGUGGCAAUGAACAAUGUGGAUGACAUGAAGAAGGCAUUGAUCCUUCCUUUCACUGCUUGCCUGUCCCCUGCUGGAGUUCCUGCUACUAGGCUAGAAUAG